CAUAUAUCUCAGCCCGUGGCAGGCAAAGAAUCACCACUGGAUCAGCAGCGGCAUGGAGAUGGAGGAAGCCGUGGAUGGUCGAGGUGGGACGAGGACGACGAUAAGCCAGGCAGCCAGGCAGCCGACUGCGGAUCCACAAUGACCUGCAGUUCGCCCCCGCUUUUGCCACCGCCUGCCGUUUCCACGGGCGGACUUUAAACCAUCUGCUUUUCGCCUCCAGCAUCGGGAUUCAACAUCGAGCUAACAGCAACAUCCAUACCGCGGCUACAUCCUCCACCUAUAUACCAGUGCCGUUACUAUCUCCUCCCAUACAGUACCCAUAAGGGUACCCCCGCCAACACCAUGAGCAACAAAGGAUCCGCAUACGGAACUCCCUCGUCAGACACAGCCUUUCGCAAAACAUGGGAUCGCGAUGAAUACGCCAAAAAGGCAGCAGAUGAUGAGGCUAAGAGGAAGGAGGAAUCAAAGGCUCGCUACGAGGCCAAGCUGCUAGGCAAGAAAUGGCACGCACCAGUGGACUACAGCACUCUCGAAGCUACUACAUCGCGCAAACAGCGACUCGAUGUCGCGUCCAUGGUUGGCAAGACCACCAUCGUUACCUCGGGAUCGGCUGUCGGAAAAAGAGGACGGGGCGCCGGUUUCUACUGCUCAGACUGUGACCUUACAUUCAAGGACAACCUGCAGCUUGUGGAGCAUCUGAACAGCAAACAGCAUUUGAUCGCAACUGGUCAAAGCGGUGAGGUCACUCGUGCCACCGUGGAAGAUGUGCGGGAGCGACUACGGAUGCUGGCUCACCGGAAACGAGUCCUAGAGGAAGAGGAGCGACGAGCUUGGCAGUUGGAUCUGGGUGCGAGACUCAAGGAACGAGAAGAACAGGACGCCAAGGAGAGGGAGGAAAAGAGGAGGAAGAGAAACGAGAAGCGGCGCAAAGGUGGCGAUGGAAUCAAGCAGGAGGAAGACAGCUGGGAGGGCCGGCUGGGAAUUAUCGCCUAGGCAAACGAGCUUUGACUCGGGCAUAUGCAUGAUCUACAUCGGGAACGGGCAUAGAGGGAUGGUUCAUAAAGGCUAAAAGCUGCAGUAUACCCAUGGCGUUUGGUGCUUGAGAUUUUUGUCAAACCGGAAGUUUUCGUUUUAUCCAAGCGGAUGUAGAAUUUCAUUGUCACAUCAGAAAGAGCAGAAAAUCCAUGUGCAUAUACCGACCGCAGCAUGGUCAAGUGAGAUUGCUGCAAAGAUAUUGUACCACUGAAAACACGA